AGUCCAGAACAACUCAGUAUCUUGCACCAUUCGGAAAUGGCCAAAAUCAUCUCGAGUAUUCUUGUCCUACUUACCUAUUCCGCGAUCGGCUUAAGAACGGCACCGAUGUAUCAGCACAUUGGAAUAGCACUGAAUCCCGCAACGUAUCCGGUUGCGCCUAGUGAUGAGGGUUACAUUACCGAUCCUUCUAUAAUCAGUUCUCAGUUUGCUGCCUUAAAUUUAAUUAAACAGCAAAACAUUUAUUGUGUCCUUAAUUUCCCCGUUUGCCUUAUAUCGACAAACACAUCUCGUAUUAUGGAAUGGCCCUUCCACCAGCAGAUUCACAUUAUCGGAACUCCAUACACUUUCAAUCACAUUGUUCCCACCGUGCCCACUAUGUUACUUCCCACUUCGAAUGUUGGUUUAUUUAAACUUCCUGGUUUUAUUGAGAGGGCAGAUACCUCUUUGUGAGAUACUGACUUUACAAGAUGUGUUGGACGUAUACGAAGCUCAUUUGU